CUACCCAACUGUCUUUCCUAAAGGUGACGAAACUCAACUGACAACUGACUUUGCUCACUUGUUGGAAGAACAUCGAGUUGUUGGAAGAACAUCGAGUUGUUGGAAGCCUCUUGCAAACCCGGAACAUUUCCAGACCACAUUUGUCGGGUCCCUGAUCACCAUGAAGACAACACUGCUGCUCUCUGUACUGUGCGCUGUCAUGGCGGCGGCUGCGUCUCUGACCUGUGGAAGUGUUACCUGUGCUACUGAUGAGAUUUGUAACAAUGUUACUAAUACCUGUCAGUGCAAUUCAACUUUCUACACAUUUACAGCAGGAAGCCUUCCAUCUCCAAAUCUUAAUUGUACCGGAGCAAUGUUCAAUAUACAAGUGUCAAAAUGUUGGUUGGAAGAACAAGGUUAUAAUACGUCUGAUAUCAGGCUGAACGGCACCAACCCCGAUUGUUUCGCAGUAAAUCAGAAUGUGAAUGGAAUAUCGGAGAUGACCCUUCAGCGUCCAUUGAUAACCUCUGACUGUAACACGGUUCCUGCGAUGAAUGCAACCCAUGUCAUGUACACAAACCAGCUGUAUAUUUUUGGCAAGACGGAUCCAAUCCGAAUAACAAAUGAUGUUGUCAUGAAUAUUUCCUGCUCCUACCCGCUGAAUAUGAAUGUUGCUCUUAAUGUGACAUUGCACCCAAUAAUUGGGACCACAGAAAUAACCGGCCCUUCAGGAAAUGGAAGUUAUACAGCCGUAAUGCUGGCCUUUAAAGAUAACACAUAUACCACCCCUCUCUCCGACUCCGACACCCUGACAGUGGAAGAUCCUAUUUACCUUUCAGUGAGAGUAUCAGAUCUGGAUGCCAACGCCUUCAAACUCAAAGUGGUGAAUAUUUAUGCCUCUCCUACCAAUUCAAGCAACCAAAAGUACUAUCUUCUUGAGAACGGGUGCCCAUCAAGCCAAAUUUCUUCUGACCAGCUAACAGUGGACAGCAAUGGAGUCGGCGUUGAAUCUCGAUUUCUCAUGAAAGUCUUCAAGAUUACCAGUUCUAACACCGUCUAUCUCUAUGCCGAUCUUGCACUCUGCACUACUGAUUGUAAUUCGACCUGCAGCUCUCGAUCCAUAUCACGUGAUUCCCCGGACAUUGCAGGAAGGGUCAGCAUCUAUUUGGAUGCAGCUGAUACCAGUUAUGUGGAUGCCAGUUCUGCCAGCGGUUUCUCCAUGCCUUGGACUUUGUCUGCUCUGAUCUUCUCCUGGAUCUUGAUGAAACUGAUGUAAUCCCUCCGAGAACCGACCAUCCCGACACCAUGAGACUUUGUCAUAUCGUCUGCCUGCCUGCCUGCUUUAUACCUGAAUUAUUUAUUAUGUUGUAUUUAUUGUAAAGUAGGAAUUGUUAAUGAAGUAGACAUUAUGUAUAUAUAUUGUAUCCCUGGAGAGCGCACCCUGUACUUUCUACUGUUCUUUCACAUAUAAUAAACCGCAAAGUAAUUUAA